UGUCUGGAAUCACGUUAAAGGCGACGCGUCGCUGUCUGCCGCUGCGGAGACCCGAUGGAGGAACAUUUCCUAAAAAUGCUCCUCAAACUUCAGGUUGUGGAUAAACCGGCGGGACAAACUGGCUUCAGCUCGCCCACAGACUGGACUUUGUGCGGCUGCAGUGUCAUCUAAAGCGAUCCAGUCGCUGCCCAUGGAGGUGGGAAGCAGCAGCAGCAGUAGCACCUCAGGUGGGUCGGUGGUGCAGGUGAGCUUCCCCAGUGCUCAGACCUCAGUGCUGGACAGCCUGAACAGGCAGAGGGAGGACGGCAGGCUCUGCGACUUGUCCAUCCACGUCCAGGGACAAGUGUUCAAGGCCCACCGCUGCGUCCUGGCUGCAUCCUCCCCCUACUUCCACGAUCAGGUACUACUGAAGAACAUGUCCACGGUGUCCAUCCCGGCGGUGAUGGACCCGCUGGCCUUCGAGAGCGUGCUGAGCUGCGCUUACACCGGUCAGCUCCGGAUGCUGCGCGAGGACAUCGUCAACUACCUGACGGUGGGCAGCGUCCUGCAGAUGUGGCACAUCGUGGACAAAUGCACCGAGCUGCUGAAGGAGGGCCGAGCUGCAGCAGCGGGAGGCAGCAGCGGAGGAGGGGCCAUGCAGGACGGAGCAGGCGGAGGCAGAGGGUCAGCCAACGCCGGGUGUAGCAGCAGCAAUGGUGAGGGUGGCGGUAACGGAGCUGGUAGCACAGGUGGUGUCAGCCAAGUCCAGGUUGUAGAGUCCAACGAGCCCCAGAGAGCCCCCCAGCCCCCCAGCCGUCCGUCAGUGAGUGAGAGCCAGUCCCCCAGCAGCACUAACUACUUCAGCCCAAGAGACGGGAGCAGCUUUGGGGGAGGUGGAGCGGCUGGAGCUGGAGCUUCGGUGGAUGGAGGCAGAGCCAGCAACACCCCCAGCUACUGCACUCCAUCAGGAGGAGAGGAAGCCUUCCUUAUUGAGGAGGAGGAAGAAGAAGUAGAAGAGGAAGAGGAGGAUGUGAUGUACCACCAAAGAAAGAGGGGAGGAGGAAGCAGGAGGAGGAAGAAAAGGAGUUCAGUGUCAGAGCAGGAGGUCGGCGUCAGCGACAGCUUUGGUGUGUCGUCCUAUCAGGACGGUGAGGACUUGGCGAUGCCGCUGCAGAAACGUCCCACCUACAGCCAGCCCAGCAUCAUGCCCCGCAAACAGUGGGUGGUGGUGAAAACUGAACGCACCGAGGACGACGACCUGAUUGUGGUGUCCGGGGAGGAGGGGGGAGAGGAUGAGGACGACGAAGAUGAGAGGGAGAUGGAGCUAGCGCGAGAGAGGGAGAGAGGCAGCUUCAACAUCUCUAAUGUUAGGAGCCUUUCAGCCGAGCUGGGGGGCCGAGCUGAGAGCAACAUGGACUCACAGGUUGACUACUGCCAGUCUUCGGAGGACUACCUCAAGUUUGAAGGCAGCCUAAUGGAACAGACAUUAGCUCAGCACCUUCAUGACAGCAAUGGAGGUCAGAACCAGAACGCUAACCGUGCCGUUUCAGCGCUGCUGGGUCAGGUUCAGUCUGCAGCCUCGGCCCGUGCUCAGCUCUUCCCCCUGGACAUGCAGGGGAACCAAAUCCUCCUCUACAGCCAGGCCUCUGGACUCUCCCUGGACACUGCGGCGCCUCCGCUGGGUAUGGCAGGUGGUGUGAUCGGAGGAGGCUCUUAUAAAGGUCCCAGUCUGGAGCAUGGGGCCGUCCACCUGCAGGGUGGUUUGGGAGUUGACGGGUCUGACAGCGGUGGGAUUGCAGGUGGAGGCGGGUGCAGCGGAAGCAGCAACACCGGGGGGUCGACCAAAGUGUUCAUGUGCCACUGUGGGAAAACUUUCACCCACAAGAGCAUGAGGGACCGACACAUUAACAUGCAUCUGGACCUGCGGCCCUUCCACUGCCCCGUCUGCUCCAAGAAGUUCAAGAUGAAGCAUCACCUGACGGAGCACAUGAAGACGCACACGGGCCUGAAGCCGUACGACUGCCUCGGCUGCGGUAAGAAGUUCAUGUGGCGUGACAGCUUCAUGAGGCACCGCUCGCACUGCGAGAGGCGCAGCGGGAUGGGAGAGAGCGGCGAAGGCGGGGGCAGCAGUGAUGGAGGGAGACGAGGAGGCGGAGGAGGAGGUGAAGAUGGGUCUGAUUUGAUACCCUCCCCUCACCUCCUCCUGUCUGCAGGUGAGGGAGGACAGGGGGGGGUUAUUGGAGGAGGGACGAGAGGAGGAGCGUCUGUUUCAGCCCCUCAUCUCUCUGCUGCCGUUCUGUCACCACAGCAUGGCGGCGGCGUUUCUGCCACCGGAAGCAGCAGCAACAUGUCUACGUCAGGGGCGCUGCUGGUCUCUCAGAGUCCAGGUCGGGAUCAGGGAUCCGGGAUGUUUGGAGGUCUUGGGUUCGGCCGAGGUGUGUGUGAAGAAGAUGUGUGUGAAGUCAGUGCCGAUGAAAGUAGCGUGACUUAAAGAAAAAGGUGUGUGCAGUGACUAACGGUCGCCUCUUUCUGAGCAUUUCUUCUGGUUCCUGCUGUUUUUAAAAUAACAUGAACUUGGAAGAAGUGCCGUCCUCUUCUGAAAGACUUUCCAACAGAGAGCGUCCACUUUGUCCAAGAUGAGGAGCGAGACUCGCGUUGGACGCGCAGCCUGAAGGAGUGUUUACAGAAAAGUGAUUUCAGACUCCAGUCGACUGGUGUGGUGCGACGUUUCUGAAGCAGUGGCCUCAAAAAUGGACCUGUUGUCUCCGAGUAAGCUAUCAUUUAUAAUUACUAACAAUUUUCAUUUGUUUCUGCAGAAGAAUGUGUGUUUAUUGAGAGGAAACCAAAAAAGAAGACGUCACUUCACUGUUAUCGUUCGUGGGAACUUUAGGGAAUAAUUAGAGUAGAAAGAUUUAUUACUGUGAUUUUCUGCGGUGUUGUGUUGUGACCUGUUGCUAUAGUCAGAUAGAAAUAUACAAAUCCACUUAUUAAUAAAAUAAUUUACGUUUUUAAAGGAACAACUAACAGAUUUCAAAGCUGCAGGGUUUAUGAAGGUCCUACUAGGUUAGAAGAAAACUUGGUGAAGCAGAAGUUCUUCAUCUUCACUCAUCUCAGCGUUCCACAACAGAAGUAGCCGUCAGAGCGACAGUUUGAGCCUUUUUGACCUCCAGCUGGUUUUUGUUUGUUUUUCUCUGCAAACAAGUAUCAGCUGAUUAUCUGGUGGUUUGAACUUUAUGCUCCAUGUGAACAUAAAUCUCUGUGAAUCUGAUAAGCUCAUAACUUCCCCUCAGGAGGAGACAAAUUAAGUUCUGCUGGUUUCACUUUCUUCUUCGUUUUCAGAGAAUUUACUUCUUGAGGAGAAAGUUGUUAUAACUGUAAAUAUAUAAAAGUAUAUGUACAGUUGGUUAUUCAUCAGACUUGGAACAAAUCCUGGUGCCAUCUGGUCUGAUUUUAGGUAUUUGUCACUGACCCUUCCCACAAUGCUCCUCUUCCGUUCACUGAAGUCUUAACAGGUCUCAUCUUCGUCGUAAGUCUGUGUGCUUCCUGAAUCGUCCUCUCACUGCAUCUGGACUGAAAAAAGAAGCGUUCACAGAUUUUUAUUUCUCAGUACUUGACUGUGUUUAAUAUGAGAGUCAAACAUUUAAUUUUCCUCUUUGUUUGCAGGUUUUUGUUUUCAUGUAAUAAUUUAAUACAAGUGAGCCAAACAGCUGUCAUUGGUGAGUAAAUUUGGAAAAAAUUAAACCCGAACAGGUAGCAUACUGUUGAUGAGGUGAUCAGAUGUGAUUAUCUGCAUAUUAAUGAAAUAAUACUAACUAUAUAAACUUAAUGUUCUUAACUGGAUCUUAAAGUUCAGUUUAUCAAGAUAUCAAAGAUGUAGCGAGCUAAGAGCAACAAUUUUUUUUCAUAAAUUUGCCUAAUGAGGAAAAAAUCAAAUGAAAGAAACGAUCUAAAUAGAUUUUAGUGCCUUUCUGCAUAAAUUUACAUAGUAAUGAUAUAAAACUGAGUUUUUGGACAGGAUGAACACGUUUCGUUUGUCUUGGACAUGAUGGCAGGAAAAGUUGAUCCAAGUGCCUCAAAUGUUUGUGGUUUCUGUUUGGGGCACUUUAAUCCUGAAGGUGAAGCUGGGGGGAGUGAAGAAAGCACCAAAUUCAACCCAAAAAUCUGUUAAAUAUAGUUUUGUUUUUAUUUUUUUUAACUGGAUACAAGUUAUUCAAGAGUGCAGGACAAGUCAUCAACACAAUGACCACCAUACUUUUAGAAUAUCAGCCUGGUUUGUUGUUUUAUUGGAGACAGAUCACAUGUCAACAGGUAAACAUCAGAUGUGUUUACAUGAGGCUGCUGGGUUGGAGACUCUCAAGUCAGCUGCGUUUUGAUUAGAUUUCUUUAAUAAGUAUUAACAAGAUAACAAGUAUUUUCUUUCCUACAUGUAAAUAAAUAACAGGAAAAAAGAAAAUUUGAUUUGUUAAACAUCAUAAAAAAUUUUAAGGUAGCUUUCAAAAAUACAAUUUCUACAAUGAGUAUAGAAAAUUUUUAAUUUUCCUGAUCCCAUCUCAGUACCAGAUACCAGAAAAAUCUAAAACAGAUUUUCUUUAUUGACAUUUAGAGAUAAUAGUUAGGUAAAUAGGGAACUUUAAGCUUUUAGUUAAAUGGGAAAUAAAACAUUGAUAUAUUCACUGAUUAAAUAACACUAAAGUAAGAAGUCUGUCAGCUCAGCUGUAGCCACACAAAACCGUGCUGACAGUAGAAAGAACAUUUAGGGACCACAUUCUGUGGAUUUACCGUAUCUGUUUUACAGGGAAAUGACCAAUUUUCAGAAAUAAUGCCUGCAAUCAUUGACAAAAAAUUAAUAUAGCUUGGCGGAGGUCUGCUUUAGUGCUUCUAGUUGUUUUUUCUUUUUUUUUGUUUGUUU